AUGGCAUCGUUUGUUCCUUAUACCUACAUACAAUGUCCUUGUAACGAUACUGCCAUCCAGACCCGUUCUGCAGAUGGUACUUCCUCUCCCUCUUCUAGAGAUUCGCCCGACGACGAUGACGAGCGCACCUUCGAUCCACGUUCGCCCCGCUCCAAUUACAGCUUAUAUCCACUGGAAUAUCUGCUAUACUGCGAUGUGUGCCAUCAGAUCCGUUGUCCGCGAUGUGUCGCCGAGGAGCUUGUGACCAUAUACUGCCCAAACUGUCUUUUCGAGGUUGGUAGCAGUAGUAUAAAGACGGAAGGGAACAGAUGUACUCGUAGUUGUUUCCAAUGCCCAAUAUGUAUAGGACCACUAGCCGUCCAGUCCCUCGAGUCAGCACCCGAACCAUCACUCUUAACCGCCGAGAGCGCAAGUGCCGCACCUCCAUCUGGACCAUGGAUUCUAGCCUGCUCGUACUGCAACUGGAACUCGGCCGAGAUAGGUGUCAAAUUCGACAAACCGCAGGGUAUAUUCUCCCAACUUUCUAAACUCCGCCACGGCGAUGACCAUUCCAAGCACUCUUCUUCGACCGGGGACGUUUCGCCCAAGAAAAGCGACGCGGUGCCCGAUACGACCUCGGCGAGAUUCUCGGCCAUGAAGUCAUUCUAUAACGCUCAGAACAACACGAAUUCGCCCAAUUCAAGUAGCUUAUCCAACUUGAUGGACUACGGGCUCAGCUCUCCCGGCGCUCUUACGCGAAUCAUGAACUUAUACUCGGGCAACAAUCCCGGCCUCGGCAAACCCAAGGCCAAGUCGAGCAUAAUGCGGGAAGCAGAUUCCGCAAGCGAGGGUUUCCGUGCCGUCGAUCUUGACGACAGUGCAGCUAUCUCAAAGCUGCGCCGCGACGGAUGGGACGGUACCGUUACAGGCGAUCAGUCGCGAUUACAAGUCGAGGAAGGCGCCCGCUUUGCCAACGAACUCUGGCCGAUCCCGUACCUACUACGCACGAAGCGCUCAAAGCGGUGUCCUGUAUGCCGGCACAUCAUUAGCAAGCCCGAGUCCAAAGUCGGCAAUACGCGAUGGCGCAUCCGCCUCGUCGCCAACAACAGCAUCCCCUCCAUCUCCAUCAAGCCGCUUAACCCCACCCCCUUAACACCGGGAACCUCAGACCCUCUGGUGCCCCUCCAGCCUGCGCAAUUUCUCUUAACCUUCAAGAACCCCAUGUUCGAGGAGAUCAAGGUUACACUUGCGACGCCGGCAACUACGCCCGGACGCUUCGCGUCUAGGGUGACGGUGCUAUGCCCCCAGUUCCAUAUCGAUGCCAAUACCGAUACGGACAUGUAUCUAGACGAUGUCCUGAAGGAUGGCGAAAAGGGUGUGGGGCGAAAGCGGGGCGACGAGAGCACGUCGCAACAGGCGGAAGCAGGCAAGAUAUGGGAGAGGGGCCGAAACUGGGUUAGUAUCGUGGUAGAGGUGGUGCCCGCAUCGCUCCGUGUAGAGGAGCGCUCGAGCUUUUCCAAAAGUGAAGGCGACGACCCUGGGUCAGAUCGGAGCCCGCUGAAGGAAGACGAGGAUAUAUUGGAGAUACCCAUGUUUAUACGGUUGGAGUGGGAAGGCGACGUAUCACAGGAUCAGGUAGGCGCUGCGGCCGGCAAGGAAAAGGAUACAAGGGAGAAGAAAGAACUGGCGUACUGGUGCGCCAUCGGCAUUGGUCGGAUCAGUCAGGAAUAG